CACUUCAGCACUUCUGCAUCGCCGGCCGAUAUUGCCGAUACCGCGGGCUGGCACAAGACCGGCGUCUUUCUGGCAACAACGAGUCAGAAUUUGCUCAUUUGCUCUCUAAUCAACAUGGCCGCUCUGUGCGAAAUCCUUGCGCCGCAUCUUGCCCGAAUUCGAACUCCGCUCAAUGGCGAAAAGAUUUACAAAGAUGAGUGCGUCUUUUCGUUCGACACCCCGGAAUCCGAAGGAGGUCUCUACGUUUGCCUCAACACUUUCCUCGGAUUCGGGAGGAAGCACGUCGAGCGGCACUACGCAAGGACAGGAAACGCCGUUUACCUGCACUUGAAGACUGUUAAGAAAGAGUUAAAAAAUGAGAAGACUGACUCUGCUGGAAAAUCCGCCCCCACAAGGCUGGCCAUCGGCUUGGAAGGUGGCUUUGACGUCGCUGAGGGCAAGAAGUAUGAAUACGAGUACCACAAUGCACUGACGAUCCUCCCCCAUUUCGACGUGAUCCCUCUGCCCAAUCCGGAACUUCCAGAAAAGGUGCAGUUGUCCGUGGCCACCGUCCUGGCUUCGGAUUCGGCCAACCAGCUCAACGAACAGCAGGCGAUGGCUGGCACCUGGGACGGGGAGAAAAGGGCCGUUUCCAAGCACAGCGAGACCCUGCAGCAGCUGGACAACGGGGUGAAGGUGCCUCCACACGGCUGGCGGUGCGAAAUGUGCAACCUGACGGAGAACCUCUGGAUGAACCUGACGGACGGAGCCAUCAUGUGCGGCCGCAAGUUCUUUGACGGGAGCGGGGGCAACAACCACGCCUUGGACCACUACAAGAGGUCUGGCUUUCCCCUGGCUGUUAAGCUGGGCACCAUCAACCCGGAUGGCGCCGACGUGUACUCCUACGACGAGGACGACAUGGUACUAGACUCUAACCUCACCAAGCACCUCGAGCAUUUUGGGAUCCAGAUAUCCAAGAUGCACAAAACGGACAAGUCAAUGGUGGAGCUCGAGAUCGACAUGAACCAGAGGAUAGGGGAGUGGGCGGUGAUCCAGGAGUCUGGGCACCAGCUGGUGCCUCUGUAUGGCCCCUCGUACACUGGCCUGGCGAACCUGGGCAACUCGUGCUACCUCAACUCGGUCAUGCAGGUGGUCCUCGCUAUCCCCGAGUUCCAGAACAAGUAUUACGAGGACGCCAACCGAACCUUUGACAACUCCCCUCCCGAUCCUACUCAAGACUUCACCGUCCAGAUGACCAAGCUUGCUGCUGGUGUUCUUUCUGGAGAUUACUCCAAGGAGCCAAGCCACGAAGGCAGUGGUCAGGUGGUAAGCAACAAGGAACAGCAAGGCAUCAAGCCGCUCAUGUUCAAGACGCUGGUGGGGAAAGGACACCCUGAGUUCUCGACCAAGCGGCAACAGGACGCCCAGGAGUAUUUCCUGCAUUUUCUCAAUUUGGUGGAGAGGAAUUGCAGAGGUCAGAUGAACCCUGCAGAGUGCUUCAAGUUUGAGGUGGAAGAGCGCAUCCAGUGCAUGGCAUCUGGCAAGGUGCAGUACACCAAGAGGACGGACUGUCUGCUGCCUCUGCCUAUUCCCCUGCAGACCGCCAUCAAUAAGACCGAAGUUGAUGCCUUCGAGAUGCAGCGGGCAGAGCUUCAGAAGAAAGGCGAGAGAGUGGACCCUGGUUCCGUGGUGAGGUCCCAGAUAUCGCUGUCGGCCUGUUUGGAGGCCUUUGCAGGCAACGAGUUGGUGGACGACUUCUACAGCUCUGCCGUGAACAAGAAGGUGACGGCGCAGAAAACCACAAGACUACAGACUUUCCCAGACUACCUGAUGAUUCAGCUAAAGAAAUUUGCUAUAGGUGAAGACUGGGUACCAAGGAAGUUAGACGUAUCUGUGACCAUGCCGCUGGAGCUCGACUUGAACUUCUUGAGGGGCCACGGACUUCAGCCUGGAGAGGAGCAGCUGCCGGAAUCAAAGUCCACCCACGAAGGAUCCACUCAAACGGUGGAGCUGGACGAAUCGGUGGUGGCCCACCUAUGUGACAUGGGAUUCCCCGUGGAGGCCUGCAAGAAGGCAGUCUACUUCACGGAAAACUCGGGCAUUGAGGCCGCAACUGCCUGGGUCAUGGAGCACAUCGAGGAUCCCGAUUUCGGAGACCCCUUCAUGCCCCCUAAUGCGGCCAAGAGCGAGACUUCCUUCAAGCCAGAUCCGGCAGCACUUUCCAUGGUCAUGUCCAUGGGGUUCUCGCACGACCAGGCUGUCAAGGCACUCAAGGCCACUGACAACAAUGUGGAGAGGGCAAUUGACUGGAUCUUUAGCCGGGCAGAUGAGCUGGACUCGACACCCAUGGAGAUGGGAAUGGAUGCCGCCACUGUGGGACCCAACAUCAAGGAUGGCCCUGGCAAGUACCAGCUGAUGGGCUUCAUCAGCCACAUGGGCACCUCGACCAUGGUGGGCCACUACGUGUGUCACAUCCUGAAGGAGGGCCGCUGGGUCAUCUACAACGAUGACAAGGUGGCCAUCUCCGAGUGCCCGCCCAAGGAUCUGGGCUACCUGUACCUGUACAGGCGUGCCGCCUCCUCGUGACUAGGGCCGUCGCCCCUCAAGCGCGCUAGGACCGGCGCCGCCCCAGCCAGCACCUAAAUCCCACUGUCCCGUUCGGUUCGGAAGCCCACUGUUUCCAACGACGCGCAUUGUCCUGUCGUCGGCGAUGUCGUCUUCUGUCUUGCAACGACUUUUGCAAUGCCUGCUGCUCUUGCGUUUGUCUCUCGUUUUUUUAUCGCACUACACACUUUGUUUUCCUACGCUUUAUUUCACAAGUCCGACCACUACGAUCCAACGGAGUCUAUCGAACAGCGCCAAAAGUGCAUUGUCACGGUGCCCGUAACCUUUCUGUGUUAGCUAAAAUGGACUGAACCAAUCGCGCGCAAUCGAUGGUUCGAUAUCCUGCGCUUUUUCCUGCGCGUGAUUUGUUCAGCCGGUGAUGGCAAACCUACGGACAACAAGCACCGUGACGAUGCCCUUUUGGCCCAGCUCGAGUGAGUCAGCCGAAUCGUGGUGUCAACUGAGGUCUGACUUCAAGUGAAAUGGAGUAUAGGAAAUUUCGUUCCACCUUAAACCUGUUCACACAUACACCACUGCGCUACCUUGGUACUGUUUGUUAGCGACUGAAAUAGCGCCGACCUUGCCGAUGCAGCGGUACAUGGCGCUGUUUCUAGUGUUGAUUUCAAAUCAAAUUUAUUUGACACCAGAUCAUACAAUUAUGAUGUCGGGAGCGCAGACAAAAAGUCACUGGAGUGCGUUUUGGCUGCGUCUGUGCCCUUGUUCAGAUCAGAGACAGCAGUGCUAUAAAAUAAUUAAAAAGAAAAAUCACAAUCUAUACAGCACUUAACGUACACUGAACCAAUAAUACACUUAAACAAAACAAAAUCUUAUCAGACGAACGGAGGAACAGACGAAAAAGUUUGCUGUCUAAUCAGUAUGCGAAUUGAGUAAGGAUGGCAAGGUGUAAAGAAACGAUGGAAUUUCAUAGUUUCUGCGUGCAAAAGGUAUAUUUGCUGCGAUGCAAGUGUGAACCGGCAUUUAAAACAAUCCCCCAACAAAAUAUUUUUUUUCUCUUUUUGCAGGCAAAAAAAUUGUCGAAGGGGGAUUUUGUAUUUCGUGAAACUUGAAAGGAGGGCACCAUUCUUUUUAUAUGCUGCUAUGUUGUUUCUGUGUUUUACUGCUUUCUUUACCUUCUUUGAUUUUUCUUUUUUUAUUAAUACAAACAAUGCUGCUUUAAGGAAAGCCAAUGCUUUGAGGUUCUAAAGUGGCAAUUUAGCGUUGCUGUCGAAAGCGAUGCAGAAACACUGUGCAAGGCAAGUCGGGGCUGGGAGCCCGAUAGUUUUGCCGAGGUUAACGGGUGGCACGUCGAGAAGUACUACAUAUUUUUUAUUUAUUUCCGGAUUACCUUUGCUUUCUUUUUUUUUUCGGAGCAUUUGAAUUGGCGAGGUUUGAGCAUUCUUAUUUGCUGCUUGUCCCUCGUCCACACUCUACCGGGCAUUUGAUGUGUGACGAAUUUGUGUUUGGUUUCGUGCCUUCAAAAGGAUUGCGACCAUGCUGUACAUGUUGGCUGGCCUUCAGGAAUGGUCAUACACGUGAUGCUAAGUAUUGUAACUUGUUUUUGGGACACGAUUUGUAUAUAGUAUGUGUGGUGCUUUUUUUUUUCACCUUGAUGACCUAAACUUAUUUUAAAUAAUUUUGCAUUUGUUUGUUCCCAGCAACCACUGAAUUUGUUACAUCUGUGAUUGAUUGCUUUAUGGCGAUUUCCUCACAACAAGAAUUAGAGUUGUAGGAAGCUAGGGUAUCUAAUAAACCAAAGUUCACAGUUCAAA